AUGGGCAAGAAGACAGAGCAGGAGGAGGUGGUAGUCUUGUCGUUGUGGAUGGGCAAGAAGGCAGAAGAAGGCGUAGUGGUAGAGUUAGGAGGAGGAGGGGCCUCAUCGAGCCCUAGAGUGUCCGAUGGGUCUAUAUCGAAACGGAAGAACUCUAUUGGGAGCAGCGAUGAUGGGAGUCGCCGUCACCAUCAUCACCACCAUAAGGAUAAGAAGGAGAAGAAAAAGAAAAAGAAGGAAAAGAAAGAAAAAAAAGCUCAGUUGCUGGCAGCAGGUACGGCGAUUGACACGGCUCAGUCGGUUUACUCUACGCGGAGUAAUCGAAUACGUUUGCGAGGGCUUAUGGACCUAUCGGGGAGAAUGAAAUUGAAACCGGACCACAGAGAUCGGCCGCUUUGGGUGUGUCCUGAUGGCCGCAUUAUUUUCGAGGCCGGUCUUCAUCCGGAUCUGUUCGGUCCGGUGACAGAUUUUCUCGUUGCUAUCGCUGAGCCUAUAUCGAGACCGUCGUGGGUUCAUCACUUCCAAAUCACAGUGUUUUCCCUGUACGCGGCGAUAUCUUUGGGUAUGUCUGUGGAGGAGGUUAUAGCUGACCUUGAUCGUUUCUCGAAGAAUGAAAUUGAUCCCGUACUUCUGGAUUACAUUCAGCAGAGCGGGUCGAGGAUAGGCAAGGUUAGGCUGGUCCUACGCAGAAACAGGUACUUCGUGGAAUCGAGUGACUUGUCAUUACUGAGAAUGAUCGAGGACAACAGCAAGAUAAGGAAGUGUAAAUUGGGUCAAAUAAUCUCUACGACGACGGCUGAGACCAAUCCGGGGGCUGCCAACGCCUCUACUGGCGAUAAGAUGGCUGCGCAAGUCGUCCACAUGUUUGAGAUCAACUCGGCUGAUGUGGAAACUGUGAAGGCAACUGCGUAUCGCGAGAUUCGGAUACCGCUACUGGAGGAGUAUGAUUUUCGUGAUGAUGAUGACUCCAAUUACAUCAACAUGCAGUUCAGGCCUACUACGAUCGUCCGACCAUAUCAAGAAAGGUCUCUGCAUAAGAUGUUCAGUGGCAGUCGAGCCAGGAGUGGUAUGAUAGUGUUACCAUGCGGUGCUGGUAAAACACUGGUGGGAAUUACAGCAGCGGCUACAAUGAAGAAACGAACGAUGGUCUUGACGACUACGGCUGUGGCGGUGGACCAGUGGAAGCGGCAAUUCGAGCUCUUCUGUUCGAUAUCGCCUGAUGACGUCAUCACGCUGACAGCUGAGAACAAGCAACCUAUACCAGAAGAUCGGCCGUGCAUUCUCAUCAGCACGUACAGUAUGUUCUCAGUAUCAUAUGAGAGGAUGUCUCGAGCAUCGAAGGCGGUCUUUGAGUCCGUCACCAAGCUAGAAUGGGGUCUGCUCGUGGCUGACGAGGUUCAAGUGAUGCCGGCGAAAACAUUCCGUUCGGUGGCGACUACGGUUCGAGCCCACUGCAAACUUGGCCUGACUGCGACCCUUGUUCGAGAAGAUGAGCUCGUCGAGGAUCUGCAGUACCUCAUCGGCCCCAAGCUGUAUGAGGCGAACUGGCAGGAGCUCGUCAAUGCAGGCUACUUGGCUCGGGUCCAGUGUAUCGAGGUGUGGAGCGAGAUGCCUCCUCUGUUUUGGAAGGCAUAUUUGGAGACCAAUACUUACCACGUGAAAAGGGCCCUGUAUACAUCUAAUACCAACAAGUUGAUGGCAUGCGAGUAUCUUGUUGCACUGCACGAAUCUCGAGGAGACAAAAUAAUCGUCUUCUGCGAUAACGUGGUGUUGUUGAAGGAGAUGGCCCAGAGAACCAGAAAGGCCUUUAUAUGUGGCAGUGUUAGCAUGGCUGAGCGAAUGGCUUGCAUUAGAUGUUUCCAGCAUAGUGAUAAGAUCAACUGUAUCUACCUUUCCCAGGUCGGUGACAACGCCAUUGACAUACCCAACGCCAACGUGGUCAUACAGAUCAGCUCACAUUAUGGCAGUAGACGGCAAGAAGCUCAGAGGCUCGGACGAAUCCUUCGACCGAAGGCUUACCGCGAUGACGCCGGCUUCAAUGCAUACUUCUAUUCGCUGGUCUCGAAGGACACACCUGAGAAAGAGUAUGCAUUGAAACGGCAGAAGUAUCUGGUUGAUCAGGGGUAUAGUUUCAAGGUCAUCGCUGACUUUGACGAGUCAGUGCGAAAGUCGGGGCUCAAGUUCGCCUACAGUGGUCCCGAGGCAGAACAGCACGUCCUUGAAAUGGCCCUUGUUGCCGGCGGAAGUGGCGGGGAGUCUGCGAGAGAGGAAGAACAAAAUCUCAGUAUAUGCGACUCUAAGUUCACGGUUACGGCCGAGGAUGAGAAGCAGUACUUGGAUCGGUAUACCUCGUUGGCGGACUUAUCGGGCGGAGGUGCUGGUGGAGGCUACUACCAGCCGAGUGGCGCUCUGCCGUAG